AUGGCCACGUAUGUUCGUGAUCAAAAGUUGUGGACAUUAAAUGAUAGAAGUACAAAAAUAUCUACUAUUGCCAUCAAUCAAAUAGUUAUAUUAAAAAAGGAAAAGAUAUUCGACACAUCUAAUCUACUGGGGAAGUAUGUCCAUCUCUGAUAAAAAUUCUACAACAUAAUCAGCAUCAAGUAUUGGAAAAUUCAUUGUGGACAUGGGGUGGAUGAACUUGGUCGAAUCAAACUUGACAAAGAAUCAAGAAUUCAAAUUGCAGGUAUUUACCUACUAAUUCUUGUAUUUCUUUAAUGUUUGAGUUAGUCUUGAUAAUUUUGAACAAAUAUAAUUUAAAUCUAGAUUUAAACUUAUAUUUAUUUUGUUGUACUCAAAUUUAAAGUAAAGUUUUUUAUGUUUAAAUUGAUUAUACAUUUACUGUACAUGUAUGGCAAAUUCACAUAGUGAACUAAUUGGUCCGUGAAAAUUAGAAUCUAAACAUAAACUUACAGUACUUAAAACACCUUAUAUUCUUGUUACUAGUAGUUACCAAUGUAAUAUUUCAUACUAAUUGAUCAUUUAUUAAUUAUUAAUAUUGCCCUAGGUAUUAUAUUCUAUUUUAUAUUUUUCAGAGAAGAACCCACAUUAUACAAUUGUAUUAAAAAACAUUUGAAAACCCAUUAUAAAAGUCUCAGCAAAUAUGAACUGAUUAAAAAAAGGAUUAUAAUAAAUAUUAGAUGUAGAAAAAAGAAUGCAAAAUAGUUGCUCUAGAACUUAUCCAGUCAAUCAAACAAAUAAUCUCAGGAUCUAAAAAUUCCAAAGAUAAUUCAAAACUUCAGUAAGAUCAAAAUACAUUAGAUAAAUUAUUUUAUAUAUGUAUAGCCAUAGUGUUCUUAAUGUAAUGAAAUAAUUUUAGUAAACAAGUAGGCUGUCCAAAAUAA